GCCGUCGGUGCUCCGGUUGUCUGUACAUCGUCGGGACUUGGAAAGUGACCGGGCGGGUGGAGACAGGCAGCGAACCUCGGGGGAUUUGGGGAAGAUGGAAAUAAGUGGCUCUUUUCGAAUAUCCCCUUCGUCCGGAGCCGUGUGGUAGCGUUCAGGACAACUUAGCGUACAUUGUGUUUUGUACGUUUUCCGAUUUGGACCCGCUAGCUUAGCUUAGCCGCCAGCCGCCGAUACUGUCAGACACACAGGUAGAGAGGAGAGGAGAGGAGGGGUCGGUGACAAAGGAAGGUGGCGAGGGAACGAUGAACCGCUUUCGAAAGUGGCUGUACAAGCCCAAGAGGACAGACCCUCAGCUCCUGGCCCAAUUCUAUUACGCUGAUGAAGAGCUUAACCAGGUGGCCACUGAGCUGGACAGCCUCGACGGCAGGAAGGACCCUCAGAGAUGUACCCUGCUGGUCAAUCAGUUCCGAUCCUGUCAGGACAAUGUGUUGAACAUCAUCAGUCAGAUCAUGGAUGAAUGUAUCCCCAACGACCGGGCCAACAGAGACUUUUGUGUCAAGUUCCCUGAGGAGAUUCGUCAUGACAACUUGGCGGGGCAGUUGUGGUUUGGGGCUGAGUGUUUGGCUGCAGGCUCCAUCAUCAUGAACAGGGAGAUAGAAAGUAUAGCGAUGAGACCCCUGGCCAAGGACCUCACUCGCAGCCUGGAGGAGGUGCGCAACAUCACCAGGGAUCAGGCCCUGAGAGACCUCAACCUGUACACAGACCGCAUGAAGGACGCACUGCGACAUUUUGACGGCCUUUUUGCUGAGUUUGAACUCAGCUAUGUGUCAGCCAUGGUGCCUGUGAAGUCUCCCAAAGAAUACUACGUACAGCAGGAAGUGAUUGUGCUCUUCUGUGAGACUGUGGAGAGGGCUCUGAAGCUGGGCUAUCUCACACAGGACAUGAUCGAUGACUAUGAACCCGCGCUGAUGUUUACAAUUCCCAGACUAGCCAUUGUGUGUGGGCUGGUUGUGUAUUCAGAGGGACCUCUCAACCUAGACCGAAAAUCAGAGGACAUGUCUGAGCUCUUCAGGCCUUUUCGCACUUUAUUGAAGAAAAUCAGAGACCUGCUCCAGACCCUGACUGAAGAGGAGUUGAUUACGCUGGAGAGGAACCUGUGUAUUUCUCAGGAUGGGGAGUUGUCGACAAGCCAGGGACUGGCCACGAACGGCGUACCAGCACCAGUCCAAGAGAAUCCCUCAUCCUCUGUCCCUGCUAAUGACACCUCUAAAGGAGAGAGUGAGGGGGAAGAGGAGCAACUAGCUCUGUUUGUCUGUCCCAGCCAGGAGGAGGAGCUGGCGGAAGUAGAGAAAGGCUGGGAGGAGGUGGAAACUGAGAGGGGCGAGGAGGAGCAGGAGCAGGGCCUGCUCUGUGAGGAGGCAGAGGAGGCUGAGCUGGCCUGCUCCAUGCAGUACGAUGAGGAGGAACUGGAGCAGCUCAACAUGAUGGUGUACCGCGUAGGAGACGAGAUGUCCACUCUGCUGUCACCCCCCAGCCAGGGUCAGUCCCCAGCUCACCGUCCUAACAGAGGAGAGCCAGGAGGCUCCAGUGGGGCUUCCAGCACCGAGGCGUCUCCACGCAGGAUCUUGGGGAGCCGGGGAAGGACAGGCAUCUAUGUAGAGGAGGAGGACAGGGUCUUCUUCAUGGAGGACCUGGACGCAGCAGGAGAUAGCACCACCAGCAUCUCAAAAGAGGCUUGUAAUUAUGUCGCCUCUCCUUCCAAAGAGUGCACUCGUCCUGUGCAGCGCAAGCCUGGACCGAGGCCAGACUCCGUUAGGAACGGCUGGUACUCUGAGACAACAUCAGAGCAGCCUUGCCCACAGCCACGCAGCCUGAACACACACUGUCCCCCUGCUAAGCGCCCCCUGUGCACCGCUGGCCCUGGUUCUGAGCCGCUGCCUUACACCAAUGGGUGGGAGAUGGGUUUGGAGGGGACAGCGUCUGAAACGGCUGAGGUCAUCGCCCAUCGAAUGGGAGGGAUGAAGCUGUCCGCUACAGUCAUCUUCAACCCUCGCUCACCCAGCUUGACAGAGCUGGCUGUGGACAAGCUGCUGUUGCCGCGGCCCACACCCUCUGAGAUUGAGCCCUGUGGCCCCCUGGUGGCCACUCACUGCCUGCUAAACUCCUGCGUCUGCUGUGGGAGCUGCGAGGAUGGCCACGAGGAUGCCAUCACCACGGACACCACUGGACUCGGAUUAGGCCUCGCUCUGGGAUUGGACAAACAUUGUAAGACCCCGGCCCCCGGCACCGUCAUCCAGUCUUCUGCUUGCCGGCUGCCCCCACGUGGUCACGAACCUCACAGUAAGGGCGACAUCGCCCAGCUGACUCCCCCUUCUUCCCGCUGCUCUGCUGAGCCACUGGAAGAGGAGUCAAACUCUCAGCUGUGUGAGAAGUGCCUGGUGGUGACUCCGGGGCUGGGCCACCACGCUCAGGACUAUAGCUCUAGCGGAGGGGAUGGAGCCUCCCCCUGCAACCACCAGCUGAGGACUGAGAGGAGGCAGCAUACUAGUGGAAGCCAACAGAGGGAUAAAGAGGUGGAUAAAGAUAAGCCAGAAAGUAAAGAUAUGAAGAGGGACACCAAAGAAGACAGCAGGAGAAGCUCCAGUUUUCAGAACUCCCCUCUCAGCUCUGUGUCAGGCAGUGACUGUGAGAGUGUGUCGGUCACCACAUGUAGUCUGUCGAGCAGUGCAUAUACUCCCAGCCCUGUCAGCAGUCUGACCCCCAGCUCGGGGACAUCAGAAGAUCUGGACCACCAGGAGAUCCAGCUGGCCCUGCAUGAUGCCAGGGUGGCGGCCAGAAACAAGAUCCGAUCGCGUUUCCACAGCAGCAGCGACCUCAUCCACCGCCUCUUUGUUUGCAUAUCAGGUGUUGCUGACCAGCUGCAGACGAACUAUGCUAGCGACCUUCGCAGCAUCCUCAAGACUCUGUUUGAAGUCAUGGCAACCAAGUGUGAGCAGGGAGACAAUGAUAAGCAAAAGAAAGCAGGUCCUGUUCUGCGCAGUGCGGUGCUGGAGGACUGUGCUCUGUGUCAGGAGACCAUUUCCUCAUCGGAGUUGGCAGCCAAGGCCAGGGAGGGCCAGUUCGAAGACCCUCCCGACUGGGUCCCCGAUGAGGCCUGCAACUCCUGCAUCGCCUGCAAGGCUCCCUUCACCGUCAUCCGCAGGAAGCAUCACUGUAGGAGCUGUGGGAAGAUCUUCUGUUCCCGCUGCUCCUCCCAUUCGGCUCCACUGCCUCGCUAUGGCCAGGUGAAGCCUGUGAGGGUUUGCACACACUGCUACAUGUUUCACGUCACGCCCUUCUACAGUGACAAGGCGGGCAUCUGACCCCGAAAGCACACAGUCUGCCACAACAAGAGCAUAUGCAACGGACAGAUCCACGGCUAUGUAGAAAGCAAAUGCAGCACUGCUCUGGUAAAUCCUAACGGUCGUGAUUGUACCUUGUAUGGCUUCAGAAUGAGGCCAUUAUAAAUGAGGGAGCAGAAAGUCCAGACGGGAAGCCACAGAGGGAUGAUUCGAUCUGUUUCUGAGACAUGCUGGUGUGUCAGCGGGAAUCAAAGUGAUUUUCUGUACCCACCCAACACAAGUGAUUCACAAACGCCUGUCUGACUGCAGAGGUACAAAAGGGAGAGGUGGUGAGCAGGCAAGAACGGAUUUUGAACUGGCAUUGUGCAGCAGUCCUCUGCGACAGUUUGCAUCACAAGAUUGGAACAGGCCACCAUGUUUGUUUGUUUGUUUGUUUUCUUUUCUUUAGGUGUAAAUGAAAGGACUUGUGACAUAUUUUCCUAUGCUUUAGCGAGCUUCCUGCAUUUGUGCCCGAGCUCCCACAGGACUUAAGGAUUACUCUAAAGAAUGUAAGUCACGAUCACCAUGUAAAUACGGAUGAUUCUGGUCAUAAUUACACUAAAAUCUCUUCAGUAAACGGUUGCUGCGCAUCAGAACUGGAAAGCAAUCUUCACCAGGCCACCAGACCCAAGAAACCAGAACGGAAAAACUGACAACUUUUAUAUUGAGAUUCCUUCAUGCUUUUAAUUGCAAUGAAUGUGUAUUUCUGUAUCACUUUGUGGGAUUGACUCCAGACUCCAACAGGACUGACCGUUCACCUCUCCAUGGUAGUGGGCUGUGCCCAUUGCUGUACUCUUGCACCACGGCAUAUUGGGUUUUCUCUGGGGACUCCGCUGCACCCUGAGAUGGAAAAAAGGGAUCCCUUGGUCAUCACUGUCAGGUCUUGAAGGCCCCCUAGUGGAGAGUUGACCUCUCGUCACUCAGUGCUCCCUUCAGCACCACAGUGUGCAUCGUUAGUUUGGAACCAGAGGCCUUCUCAGGUGCUGGCCUACCAGAACACAGGCCGAUUAUUACCCAUUGAUUUUCUCUUCCUCACAGAUGUUCUAGUGCAAUAUAGUGACUACUGAUUGCAAUGGUCCUGCACACUUAAGAGACAACCCUUUGCUAUUUAAAUUACAGUUAUAGGCCAUUUCUGAAGAGCAGAGUACUGAUGAUACUUGUUUACACUAAAUUAUUUCCUCCUUCGGCUCUGGUGGUACCGUCGGGCAGGAGCACAUGUUUUGUUCCCGGACUGGCAUCGUUUGUUCCCGACUUCCUUUCUGCUCUCAAAUCUGCUUCCACUGCAAUGACAGCUUACACCGUAUCUUCCAUGCUUAUGACAUGUUAGUUUGUCCAUCUGAAUGCUCUGAAGUGGCCAAUACGGACCUUUGAGCGGGCGACGUAAUGUCCCAUUACGUCCACUCUGCUCUGACUUAAAGCAGUUUCUCAGGCAUUACAUAUUUAGGAUCAGUCACUACUGUUCUAUCAAUCUUAUUUUCAUCAAAAAACAUAUAAGCUCACUUUGAAAAGGUAUGCUUUUUCUUUUAUAAAGAACAAAAAUAUGAAGCUAUAGUUACUUUUAUGUAAGACAGAAACACAAGGAAUCAUGCAGUAACUAAAGGGCGGGUUAUCCUCUUAUUAUUAUUUCAGAGCUUGGUCUUAUUUUGUAAAACUCCAGUACAUUUCCAUGAUAAGAGCUGUGUAAAAUAUUCAACAAACAAAUACUGUUAUAUAGUUUUAAAUGCGAUGUAUAUUGAAAUAAAUGAUUUUCUUUUUUCCUGUUUAAAAAAAAAA